UCGUUCCUCCCGACCUAGCUGCGCCGCCGUCCAGCUCCACCGCUGUCCCGUGGCACUGCCCCAUACCUCCACUCCACCCACUCGGCGGUAGUAGCUAGCAGUAGGCUUUUAGCUAGGGACUAUGGCAUACAACGGAGACAAGAGCUCCCGCUGCUUUCCCCAGAAUUGGUACCCACAACCCACCAGCAUGCCCCCCGAUGUGUAGAUGCAGGGCAAUGGUGGAUCAUCAAGAAACUGCGUCUCCACCAUCCCCGCGGCGUCCUCGCAGCUGGAUCUCCCAUCCAUCUUCGGUACAUUCCUAUCCCUGCUCCCAUCAAAUCUACCACAACAAGUACAACAACAAGCACAAGCAAGUGGGCUUGGAGCUGUGAUUCUGGACUUGGCACGACUGGAUCCCAACUCCCAGAUGGAUGCCUUACGUCACUGGAUGGCGGUCAAGCCCCAGGCGGCCUCGCCCGGGCCUUGGCGGUCUGCCCCCAGGCGGCGGUCUGCCCCUAGGCGCUCUGGCCCGGCCAGGCGGAGAGCGCUAACUUCGUUGCAGGUAGAUCACUUCCUCCCCUUCGCAUCGUGGACGGAGAAAGGGUCUGUGGAGUAGGGGGCGCCCGACCCCCAACUGUUGGUGGAAGAUCCGGUGAAGUUUUUCCAGCAGGCGGCCUUGGAGGUCACCAAGAAGGACGCAAAGAAGGGUGGAUGGGCAGCGGCCCUGCAAAUAUUGAUGACAAUUUGCAUGCAGAAAAAGAUGACGAUGACAAUGACGACGUUGCAUUCUACUCGAUGGAGUGUCAUCGCACAAAAUGGCGCAAUGCAGAAAAUGUUAAGGUUCUUUGUCAGUUGUAUGUUGACCAAAUGAAAGCAGGGCAAUAUGUUAGCAAAACCAAAACUAUGACAUGCAGAGGCUGGGAUAAAAUUGCACGGGGGUUUUACCGUGCUACUGGCCUGGUGCACGAUAGGGGUCAACUGGAAAAGAAGGUUAAAAACCUAAAAAGACAAUUCCAAAAUUUCCGCAACAUAUGCAAUUCACAGACUGGUUUAGGCGGUGGUCCACAGGAAAUUGUUGCCCAUGAUGAAUUCUGGCAGUUGUUUGGAGGUGAGGAUGUGGAUGGAUCCACAUCCCGUGUCGCUGGAGAAGCUCUAGUGGAGCAAAUGUACCAUGAAGAGGAAGAUGCCCAUAUUGAGGACAGCCCCAUGAGUUCCAAUGGCUGCAAGAGCGCAACGGGUACUAGUAGUAGUACCCUAUUUUCAAGUCCUAGUAAGAAGUCCAAGAGCCCAAUGACAUAUGUUAAGUCAUGCUUCGAUAGUUGGAAUGCUAAAAAUUCAACCACUAUGAAGUCCAUUGACAAAAAUAUUGAGGUUAAUAUUAAGCAAGCUAAUCGCAUUCUUGAGUCUAACAAUAAGCAGGCUGAUCGCAUUGUGGAAGCCAUUGUUGAAGCUACUCGCAAUAAAACAGCCACACCCAUGGAGAGAGAGGCAGAAAAAGUGGCGAAAUCUGUGAAGUGUUGUCAAGAGUUGGCUGUACAAUGUGGGGCUGCACCUAAAAGCGUGGAGUAUUAUGGUGCUAGUAUGGCAUUUAAAGAUGCUGCACUCCGGGAGUUCUUCCUUAACAUCCCUACACCUAAAGCUCGUCUUCUUUGGUUGAAGAGAUAUUGCAUACAGAAUAAUCUGGAUUGUGAUAUCAAUGAGGCUGAAAAUCCAUCAAAUGUGGCUGACAUCAUGUUGGCUGACCAGAGGUCAAAUAACGAACAUCUUUGUAUGGCACUAUUGGCUGGUAUGUGCCAAUAUGAGCCUUUGUAUCGCAGAGUUAUAAGGAGGAUACCCAUAAACACUAGACUAGAGUGGGUACAAAACAGACUUCAGCAUGAGUACGCCUGCUAUAACAUGUUCCGAAUGAGACCAGCUGUGUUUCUGAAGCUUCAUGACUUGCUGGAGGAGUGGUAUGAGUUGAAGUCAACAGAUGUGUCAGCCCUAGAGGCUUUAGGGAUGUUUCUAUGGAUGGUUGGUGCACCGCAGUCUCAUAGACAGGUGGAAGACCGUUUUGUGAGAUCACUGCAGACAGUCAGUUCCACAUUUGACAUGGUUUUGGCUGCAUUGAACAGUCUGACAGUCAUUAAUCCAAAAGAUCCUAAAUUUUCAAGGGUGCACCCAAAAAUGGAAGGCGCUUGGUUUUAUCCAGCCUUCAAUAAUUGCAUUGGAGCUAUCGAUGGGACACAUAUACCAGUUACGGUGCCAGCUGCAGAUGCCGCAAAAUAUACGGGGAGAUGUGGACGUCCCACUCAAAAUGUGAUGGUUUGUUGUGACUUUGACAUGAGGUUUACUUUACUUGUUGCUAGAUGGCCUGGAUGGGCAAAUGAUUUUAAAGUGUUCACAGAAACUUUACAAAAAUAUGGUAACUGCUUUCCACAUCCACCUGAAGGGAAGUUUUAUGCAGUUGACUCGGGGUACCUUAACCGUAAGGGUUAUCUUGCACCAUACAGGGGUGUAAAUUACCCAUGCGAGGACUCUGAAGUCCCAAUGCAAAAAGGUAAAAAAGAGAUAUUUAAUACUGCACAUGCUUCCAUUAGAUGUUGCAUCGAGCGGGCCUUUGGAGCGUGGAAGAAGUGGAGGAUUUUGCAUUGGCUGCCAUGUUAUUCGGUUGAAAAGCAGAUUGCAAUAGUUUUAGCAUUAUGUGCACUUCAUAAUUUCAUUCGAGAGAAUGAUCUUGAGGAUAAACACUUUGCCAAGGUAGAACAUCAUAAAAACUUUGCUCCAAAGUGGCCAUGUACAUCUGAACAUUAUGUGGGUGUCGAAGAGGAGGCAGAUUUUGACAUGAAUGCAUUGCGUGAUGCAGUAGCCGAUAUGUUGUUUAAUCUAUCGAAGAGGAGGAAGAUUUCCACUUAACCAGCUAGAAGCCUGCCAAGCUACAAGAUGAACUGCCAAGCAAAUUAAAGUGAAGAAAACAAAAGGAGGAAAGACAACUGGUGGUGGCCAACUGUUGGGGAAUGGUUUUCAUGAUUUCUAUGGAAUAGAACUUUAUUUGCAACUGUUGUGACCCAAUAUAAGUAUGAACUUAAUUAUGUGUGUACUGUUGGUCAAAACUACGGCCAGAAUUAGCCCUUGGUUGUUUAUGUUAAAAAAAUAUUAUCUCUAUGUUAUAAAUUUGGCCAUGGAAUGGAUGAUUGGCGACACAUUUCAUGGUUA